GAUAACAGGAUUUGCUUUACUUCCGUGAUGUUUCCGUGUUUAUUAGUUUAGUUUGGGGACCAACUUUUUAGGAUACUGAAGUUUUUUCAGUGUUUGGAAACGGAUCCCUGGUAUUUUCUGCAUCGCUUCGACUAGAGCCAAAGGAAAUCCACACCAAACAAGUGUCGACAUCUGGCCAGUUUUGCCUAAGUGUGUUUUUUUUCUGAAUGGCCACAGCAGCAGAGGAUCCUCCCGAUUCAGCAGGGGCCCGUAGACAUGCCUUUCCUGACGGUCCAAGCACCUCACAGGCCAAUAAGAAAACUAUUGGCCAUCGUGGAAUUGAUCCCACAGGUGAAACUACUUACAAAAAGACCACUUCAUCAGCGCUAAAAGGAGCCAUCCAGUUGGGUAUCACACACACAGUAGGAAGUCUGAGCCAGAAGCCUGAAAGAGAUGUACUGCUCCAGGACUUUGAAGUGGUUGAGAGCAUUUUUUUUCCCAAUGAAGGCAGUAACCUGACACCAGCACAUCACUAUGGAGAUUUCAGGUUCAAGACGUAUGCCCCAAUCGCCUUUCGGUACUUCAGGGAGAUGUUUGGCAUACGACCUGAUGACUACAUGUACUCUUUGUGCAAUGAGGAGCUGAUUGAGUUAUCUAACCCAGGGGCCAGUGGAUCCCUGUUCUAUUUGUCGAGAGAUGAUGAGUUCAUUAUUAAAACUGUGCAGCACAAAGAAGCUGAAUUUCUGCAAAAACUACUUCCAGGGUAUUUUAUGAACUUGAAUCAGAACAAGAGGACGUUACUACCAAAGUUUUAUGGACUCUACUGUGUCCAAUCGGGGGGUAAAAACAUCCGUAUUGUUGUCAUGAACAAUCUGCUCCCAAGUACUGUCAAAAUGCAUCAGAAGUACGAUUUGAAAGGCUCUACCUACAAGAGGCGGGCAUCUGCGAAAGAGAGAUCAAAGGCCGUACCAACCUUCAAGGACCUAGACUUUAUCCAGGAAAUGCCCGAUGGUUUGUUACUAGACGGAGAAACCUACAACGCAGUUUGCAAGACCAUCCAGAGAGACUGCCUGCUUUUGCAGAGUUUUAAGAUCAUGGACUACAGUCUUUUGGUGGGAGUUCAUAAUGUGAACCAGGCGAGCGCGGAUGCUGGAGCUGUCACCGUGGACCAAGCCAGGCCCCAAGUCCAAAAGCCCCUGUACUGCACUGCACUAGAGGCUAUUCAAUCAGAGCCGACCAAAAUGGGGACCAUGGACAUGGAGGACAAGACGGGAGGAAUUCCAGCAAAAAACUCCAAAGGAGAGCGCUUACUGGUGUACAUCGGUAUCAUUGACAUUCUGCAGUCUUACAGAUUGGCCAAAAAACUUGAACAUUCCUGGAAAUCCCUGGUUCAUGAUGGGGAUACUGUCUCAGUGCACAGACCAAGUUUCUAUGCAGACCGCUUUCAGAAGUUUAUGUGUAACACGGUUUUCAAAAAGAUUGCAGGAAAAACCUCUCCAACAAAGAAGCGCCGUGCUGUGGGCCACAUUCCACUCAGAAAAGUCCCAGUCUUCUUGACACAGGCCAGCUCCGAGUCCAGAUCUGACCUCGAGGGCGAGAGUGGCACGCAUACAGGACGUCCUGACCUCCUCCCCAAAGUAUUAUCAAACAUCAACAACUUUAACAAGGCCACAGAACAAACGGUCUCAAUCUCUCUGGAAAGCACUGCCUCCUCUCAGCAAGAGGCAUCAUCUUUGGACCAGAGCAAAGCUCAGCCGGGACCUUUAGAAGAAAGCCUUGGUGCAAUCUCACUGAGUGACGUAGUUCCUCAAAUGAACACCUGUUCUGUUUAGCUGUUGGACAAAGAAAACAAAUAUUUGAAUGUGGUCCAAGGUACCAACAAUAUAUUAUGAGGCAAUUUUCUCUUUAGGGGAAACAUGCACUUUCCAGGUUUCCAACUAUCUACUUGGUAUUUUCAGAUUUGGUAGAGAUUGUUGUGACACUAGAAUAAAUGGUGUUUUUUACUGUACACUACUGACACCAGUGUUCCUAAACUUCUCAGAUAAGGUUGUCAUUCCCCCAAAUUUACAACCUUUAUAUUACAACACAUUUGCCACAAAUCAUUAAAGACAUUAAAGCCCGUCACACACUACAGGAUCAUUUGCCCGAUUUAGGACCUGAUUUGCUUUUUCCCAACUUCGGGUAGACGUGACCUGAUUUAGGAUCCUCUUAUGCCAUUUUUAAGCCACAGUGCUCAUAGUGUGUGAUGUCCGAGUGACUUUGAGCUGCUCUGUCAUAUCGUAAAUUUGGAACCACAAAACAUCACCACGGCAAUAGCCAAUAAAAUAGAGCAUCAGGGCCAGACGGAGUGAUGGACACACAGGCGCAAGAUGCAAACUUAGGAAAUGGCAAAAAGAAUUUCAAGAUGACUUUAUUACUCACCUCUCGGAAAGUUAAACUACAGCAUCCAAAAAUGGCGAGAGUAGUUCCUCACGUGUGUCUAUUUACAUCCACGCAGCGAGGAUUGGGGUGAAGUUAAUGCAGAUUAGUGAUGGUGACCCCACUUCCUGUGUCUUCUGUGCAUUAAAAAGCAUUUAUCUGAACUAUUGCACCACAUUUCACAAAUAAUAAUGAUACAGUUUUGAAUUGCAUUGAAAUUAUAAGUGCAAUGCUCUGAUCUUUUUGAACACUUCAGAGUCUCAGAGCGAGUCAGUUUAUUCUAGACACGAGGUGUGCUCAAAACCUUUAGUUUGUGGUGCGUGGUCUUUUUGCUGCCAUAUACCGCUGCAGUCUUUGCGCUCAAAGAAAAUCUUAAAACAAUUUUUAAACAUGCGACAAAAAGGGCGGACCACAUACACAACGAGAAUCAGAUAAGACUGAAAAAUCCUGUAGUGUAUAGUGGGCUUAACUCUGCAGUGUUAGGUGCACGUAACCAAGAUGAUGUAUGAAAGUGUGGUUCUUAUGGCCAAAAUGAAUUACUUAACUCCUGCUUUUUGUUUUGACACAUCUUAAGGUGUUAUUUUUAUAUUAUGCAGAGAGAAACUGUUACACAAAACUUGUUUAUGGACUUUUUUGUUUCCACUAGGUACUCUUCAUUUAACUUUUCCAGGUUAAUCUUUGGGUACAAAAUAUGCUGGAAAAAGACUAUGCUGAGCCUCAUUUUUUUUUUUUUUGACAAAAUAUUAAGUCACCUUUAAGCUCAUUUUUAACUUUUAUUUGACACAGGGUCAGACCAUUUUAUGUUUAUGGUACUUUUAUAUUGUGUCAUAUUGUGUCAGUGUUCUUAGCAGGGUAGUUGCAGGGUCUUAAAAGCAUUAAAAAGUACUCAUUAAAAAAAAAAAAAAAAGUCUCCAUAUUUUAUGUUUUAUGAUAUGACAGCACAAUACAGUUUGCGACCAUAGCAACCAGCAUCAGUGGAGAUAUAGUUUACUAUCUUGUCUAGAUGUGAAGUGAACAGAAUAAUUAUCAGUGGUUGUGUUCAUAUUGUAUUGCCACAGAAACAGUUUCAUUCAGUGUAGUGUUUUUAGGGGGAAUAUACAUAUUUCAUAAUUAGCUGAAAAUUUGUCUGACAGAGACAAGUAGUUUCCUGCAUUAUUAGAACCACAAAUAUACCAUUGUAAGUCAAUUUAAACCCUUAAUGUACUAUCUGGCCCUGUUUUAAGUUUUCUUGAAUUUUAUUCUUCUGCCAGUCACAAGAUGGCCACCACAAUUGCCAGAGCAAUGGAAUGCACAAUCUCUCUAGUCCUUUUAAAUUCACAUUGUUUUUAAUCUUUAGUUUGAUCCAAAUAGGAACUAUUUCUCUCUGUUGUAUCCUGGUGCGGAAUUUAUGACUUCACACUUUGCAGCUUUGAGCUUUGAAGCUGGUGAUGGAACAAUAAAAGUAUCAAGUUUAAAGCACUUUACUGUAACAACUGGGUCAAACAUAACAUUAGUUUCUCAAUUAAAAGAUGAAAAUGGACACCUCUCUUACUCUAAAUUUCUUGAUGCAUUUGGUCAACGUAUUUUAAUACUUUACCCAUGGGUUUUCUAAGGAUCUGUAAGGAUUCCAAACAACUGGUGUCCAAUUCAAACAUAUAUUUAGAUUUAUUUAAUAAAUGUACAAAUGUAAUAACACAUUUCUCAGACUUUAACAAAACAACUUCUUAAUGCAAAUUUUAUUGCUAUAACAUUUUUCAAAUAUUAAUCAUGGGAUGUUAACAUCUGAGUCGUUAAUAAUAGAUAAUCUAGUUAACAAAAUCAGAGAUUUAUUUUAAAAAUGUAUUUGAUUUAUCCAGCUAAUUAUUUUAUGGAAAACCUGUGUGACCCAUGUACAUUUUGUAAGAUAGAAAACGAAUCAGUUCUGCAUCUUUUAUGGAGGUAUAUAUGUAAACAUUUGGUAUGAUAUUGAAUACUAAAAAAAUUGUGUGUUGUGGAACUCAAACUUGGAAAUAGGGAUAUUAUGUUUUAUUAUUUUGAGAACAAUCUUGAUAAAAACACAUUUUAGUUUUAAAUGUUCUAAUUUUGUAUGGAAAAUAUAUGUUCACUGUAAAUGUAAUAAUACCAUCCCCAAAUGCAAUAUAUUGCAAUUUAAAUCACUAGACAUACAAACUAAUUGCAUGUUAUAAAGAACGAAUUGUUCUAUUUGAAACAUUUAACUACUCCUAUUCACUUUGUAAUUUAUAUGUAUGUAUUGUUUGUUAUCUUGAAUGUAUAAUCUUGUUUGCAUUCAUGUAUGUAUAUGUCUGUAAUAAAAUUUUAUCCCAGACAG